AUGAAGAGGGCGGAUAAGGAAUAUGUGGAUGAAAAAGAUAAUGAAAUUAAAGAAAGGGUUGAAUGGUAUCAUGAAUGGACAUCAAAGAUUUUAAAAACUAAAGCCGAUACAGGAUGGGUUUCAGGAUGUUUAGACCUUAAAGCGGAUAAAACAUAUGUUAACGAUGAGUUAGAGAAGAAGGUAGAUAAGGAAUACGUGGCUAGUGAAUUAAAUAAGAAGGCAAAUUUGGUUUAUGUUGAUGAAAAAGAUAAUGAAAUUAAAGAAAGGGUUGAAUGGUAUCAUGAAUGGACAUCAAAGAUUUUAAAAACUAAAGCCGAUACAGGAUGGGUUUCAGGAUGUUUAGACCUUAAAGCGGAUAAAACAUAUGUUAACGAUGAGUUAGAGAAGAAGGUAGAUAAGGAAUACGUGGCUAGUGAAUUAAAUAAGAAGGCAAAUUUGGUUUAUGUUGAUGAAAAAGAUAAUGAAAUUAAAGAAAGGGUUGAAUGGUAUCAUGAAUGGACAUCAAAGAUUUUAAAAACUAAAGCCGAUACAGGAUGGGUUUCAGGAUGUUUAGACCUUAAAGCGGAUAAAACAUAUGUUAACGAUGAGUUAGAGAAGAAGGUGGAUAAGGAAUAUGUUAACGAAAUAUACCAAAGUUUGAUAGGAACAAAAAAUAUUGAAACUAUUGUUGGGGAUGUUUCUGUCUAUGAAGAAAACAAAUAUUUUAGAUGGGAGUUUGUAUACUCCUUAAAAAAUGGUACACGGUGUAAACUCAUUCCGAAAAAUAACAAUGAAAUGUAUGUAGGCUAUAUAAAGAAUGAUGGAACACAAGUUAAAGUUCCAUUAGACAACAACUGUUACUUAAACUUAUAUGGAGACGAACAAAAGAAAUAUUUAAGAGUUUAUGAAAUGGCAGAUAUGACAUUGCCUGACCCGGCUCCAGCACCAUAUUAUUAUGACUAUGGAGAUGAUGUCAGAACACCACAUGUAGAUGAACAAAA